AUGGCCACGGCACCGCCCACCGAAUAUGAGUUUGUCCUCGUCAUCCCGGACAAGCCCGGCCCCGAGGUUCGGGCCAAGCGUCUCCAAGUGAGGCCCCAGCAUUUCAGUGACAUGACCCCCACCCUUAAAGACGGAUGGCUAAAGAUGGGCGGCGGCAUUCUCAACGAGGUUCCCGAAGAUGACAACGACCCAAACACAUUCGACUUUGCUGGCAGCAUCAUGGUUUUGGUUGCAAAGUCCAAGGAGGAUGCCAUCAACAAGGUCAAGGACGACAUUUACGUGAGAGCAGAUGCAGCCGAGGAAGAGAAGUUCAGUAACACAUAG